UGUGUUACAGGAUAUUAAUUACAAGUGUAUAAUAGUGUAGGGUAACAAAUGUAUCGCAUCAAACCAAGACAUAUUUUGUGGAGAUUUCUGUUGCCAUUAAUAUUUUUAUUGAUUGCUUGGGUAAUUUCAUUGCAAUAUAUUAACUAUUCCAGCGGGAAUAUAAUCCUACCAAUGCUUUGGAAACUGUCGGAUAAAUGUAAUAUAGGCAAACGAGAAGAUAUAGACAUAAUUAUUGGAAUAUGGGGUAAGCAAUUGAGAAAUAUCUCUAAAUAUUUACAACCUGCUCUAUAUAACAUUUCCAGAGAGGCGUGUUCUGAUCAUUUUUAUCCAGAUUUUGAAUCAAACAUUCGAAAAGUAAUUAAUUACAAAAUAAACACAAAUGCGCCGUGUGUAGAAAAUACUCAUCUAGAUGGUCAUUAUGUGGAUUCGAUCACUAACAGAAAUGAUGAUAUUCCAGUGAUAGUAACUGCAGCUUCAAGUGAUCAUUUCCAUGAAGUUCAAGGUUUAUUAAAGUCAAUUCAUACGAAUUUGAUUCCAUUUUACAAGAAUAUGAAGGUGAUAUUUUAUGAUAUUGGAUUAACACAAAAAGAGAGUAAAGCCAUGAAAGAUUACUGCAAAUGUGAAGUGAGGACUUUUAAAUUUCAUCAAUUUCCAUCACAUGUCCGGUUAUUGGAUGCCUAUGCUUGGAAACCUUUGAUUAUUUUCGAAGUCUUGAAGGAGUUUAAAUUGAUAAUGUGGUUAGAUUCAUGCAUUCGAUUUUUUAAUCAAAGAAAAUACAUGGUAAAAGAAAACCUCGAUUACAUUUUCAAAAAGACUAAAUUAAUUGGCAUCCAAUUACAACAAAGCCCUAGAUGGAUAGUGUCUAAACACACAAAACCAGAUACCUUUGAAUAUUUAGAUGAACUAGAAUGUUUGUAUGAUUAUCCUGAACUUGAAAGUGGUUGGAUAGUUAUUUCGAAAAAUCUUUUUGUUGUAAAUGCGAUUAUAAAACCAUGGGUAGGAUGUGCCUUGACAGAGAAUUGCAUGACGCAUCCAUUCCCGAGAUUUUUAAAACCAUGUUCAAAAGACUUGUGGAAGUUUUUGCUAUGGACUAAGUGUCACAGAUUUGACCAAUCUGUUCUGAAUAUUAUUAUUAUAAGGAUAUUUAACCGAUUUAGAAAAAUAAUAGAAUUUGAUGGAUCACAAAUAGCCAGUAUAUCUAGAGGUGAAAAAGUGAAUUAUUUUCCAAACUAAAAUCCUAUAAUAUAUAGACGCAGGACGUUUGCGCUUUUUUACCAGUUCACGAAAGGACAUUUGCGCUACAACCACUAUUAACUUUGAUACACCUGUACUAAAUUGACCGGACAUUUUUCUUUUUUAAACUAUAAAACUUUACCUCUAU